UUGCAUAACAAUAUUUAUAAUUAACUCUCAGCCCCAGCAGCUCAGAGGGAGUUGAGAUGCUUUUGCUUUAGGCCUCACUAAUAAGGCUUAAGUUGCUUUGUUCCAAAAAUAAUCAGGGCAAGGAUACAUGAAGUACCAAACGUGAAUCGGAAUAUGCAAUGAGCGCACAGAGAUUACCUAUGGACUCGCAGAACAAAUUGCAGAGGAUGUUACAUGGGAUGCCUCAGGAUCUAUAUUUAAACUUUAUGUAAAGGUUCUGAACCUUCAAAAUAAAAUGCAUUGUGCAAGCCAACCUUUAUCUCCCUGUUAAACUUUCCUGUUCGGCCGUUCCUUCCUCACAAUGCUCCUACAAACUGAGGGCCAUGGUGAAGACAUACUUCAGAGAGUUAAAGAGAUCUUUAUGGGUAACACAGCUCUAAUAGCUACCAUGACUUCCUUUGUCUUUCUGCUGGUGUGUUGGAUCAUCAAAGACAGUAUUAAAAUCAAAAAUAUCCAUGAAAAGCACGUGCUCAUCACUGGAUGUGAUUCUGGGUUUGGGAAUCUGUUGGCACAAAGGCUUCAUCGGAAGGGUUUUGGUGUUAUUGCUGCCUGCUUAACUGAAAAAGGAUGCCAGGAUCUGAUAGCUUGCACCUCCCCAUCAAUGAAAACUGUGAUAUUAAACGUGACUAAUGCAAGAAGCAUCGAUCAAGCCGUGCAAUUUGUUGCAGCGGAAACAGGGAGCAAAGGGCUCUAUGGCUUGGUCAAUAAUGCUGGAAGAGCCACACCCAUUGGACCCACUGAUUGGUUGGAUAUGGAAGACUUUCACCGAGUUCUUGAUGUCAACCUCAUUGGGCUCAUUGAAGUCACUCUGAAGUUUCUGCCCCUUUUGAAAAAAGCCAGAGGCAGGGUAGUCAAUGUGGCUAGUGUUAUGGGAAGACUAGCAUUUGGAGGUGGCGGAUAUUCUCUAUCAAAAUGGGGAGUUGAAUCUUUCUCAGACAGUUUAAGGAGAGAUAUGCAGCAUUUUGGGGUGAAAGUGAGCAUUAUUGAACCUGGCUUCUUUAAAACUGGAGUAACAAACCUUGAAGUAAUCGAGAGAGACUUACAUCGACUUUGGAAUCGUCUAACGCCAGACAUCAAGACUGCUUACGGCGACAAAUACUUUGAUAAAUAUCUAAAAGUGCAGAAGUUAUCCAUGAACACUUUCUGUGACGCGGACAUCUCUAAAGUUACCAAGUGCAUGGAGCACGCCUUGACUGCCAGGUUCCCCAGGACAAGAUAUGGGGCAGGAUGGGACGCCAAGUUUUUUUGGCUUCCAUUGUCUUACGCGCCAGCCAGUGUAGCCGACGUCAUGCUGAAACUGUUACUGCCGAAGCCCUCAGGCGUAAAAAAGUCACUGGCAAAAAAUCAAGUUGAUGUUUGAUUAUACAUUUUUUAUCUGUGUUUUACUAUUAAUGAUAGGCUCCUCCUGUGCAAUUGAAAUAUGCUUUAAGAUUCAUGAAAUGAUUGUGUUUUUUAAUACCAAAUAAAAUGCAAAGGGACCCAAACCGGGGAGAAAAAAAAGAGAAUUCCAUAAAACGUAAGUAUCUAAACUCUUGUUUAUAAAUAAAUUAUUUUAAA